AAUACAGAAUGCGGUGAGAUCAACACCAAGUCCAACCUCAGAAACCUGCCCUUUUCCUGUUUAAUAAAGAGCUCAGCAUCACAGUGAGGUGUUUGUGAUGUCGCCUGGUGUCUCUGUGCUUUGAUCGGUCGUUUUCCAGUUUUAAUCACAGAGCGAGAAGGAGCAGAGAGGCUGAGAUGACAGCUCACAGCUUCAACAUCUUCAUCAUCUUCACACUUUGUCUGAGCUUCAGCUUCCACCCAAGCCAUGGUUUUGAGGUGUUUCAGCCAAAGAGUCGGGCUGUGAACCCAGACGGGUCGACCUCUGUCAGCUGUGAACAUAAUGCAAACGUCACCUCGGUCAAAGAUGUUCGACUCAACGCCAUAUCGACAACAUACAAACCUCGACUGCUCUGCCAGAAGGGGAAGAAAGACUGUAAGAACAUCAUCAUGCAUCAAGUGAAUCUUAAAAGGUGGCUUUUCAUCCUACUUGAUGUCGGGCCAGAGGCCAUGAAAAUAACAUACCAGUGUGAGUUCACUGUGAUAAUAAAUGAGCUAGAGCACACCAAGGAGGGAACACCAACUAGACUACUGCCAGGUCAAAAGGAAGGACCCUGCACAUUUGAACCUCCUCCUCCUCCUCCUCCUCCUCCUCCUCCUCCACCUCCUUGUCUUCAGUUUCAUCAGCUCAGGUGGAUUCUGAUUGGUCUGCUGGCUCUGAUGUUCCUGUAUAGCUGCAUCAUCACCUCCUUAUACAUCAGACUGAGGACCAGUGACAUAGAUCCUGAAAACUCCGUCUAUGUUGAAAUGAGGAAAGCGCCUCGGCAAAUGAACUCACCUUUUGACAUUUAUUGUGGGUAGCUGACUCACUCUUCUUCACCACUGGCAAUAUGCUGAAUGUAAUGAGAGGGAAAACACUGCUGUUGUUGCAGCUGGUAUCAAAGCCUUGCUUUUGGAUAUCUUUUGUUUGUACUGAAGAUGAACAGCAGGGUGAGACAAAGACUGUCUAAAGCACCCAUGAAGUCUGCCAUUGUACAAGUGUUCAUCUCUACUGUAUGCAAUGUGGCACUAGGACAUUAUCCAUUAUGUUGUGUAUGUAUAUGGAUAUAUAUAUAUAAUUUAUUAUGAUUUUUUUUUAAUCAAUGCUUUUAAAAUCCCGGUUAAUGGGAGUUUUCUAAUGCUUUCACUGAGUGAAUUCAUGCAUAUGCCCACAAAUUAAUCUAUGUGACUGUUAGGGUUCAACUUUGUUGAACUGUGACAGUGUUCUCCCUGGAAAUACUUUCUAUUGAACGAAAUGGUAUACAAAAUGCCACAGGAAAAUGAACAGAAGAGUAGAGAGCAGCUGCAGGAGCUAUAGUGGCCCUGCAAGUCACUGUCAUCGAGUUUUGGGCCACCACCUGUUUCCUGUGAAUGAGUGAGCAUCACUUUUUGUGAAUUUCACCUUGCAAUAUCGUGGAAUAUACAAUUAAAGUGACAAAAAAUUAUUUGGACAUAAAUAAUGGUUAUCUUUUAACAUUUCAAUUUUCAUUUAUCAGUUUUGUAAAACUAAAGUGAUUCUUACAUUCUCCAGUCUUAAAAAAAUGUGUAGCUGUAUUGUGAAAAAAACAAAAACAAACCUAAACUAAAAUGCACUUGUAUGUCUACAGUCUAUUUGUUGAACCUUUAUAGCGACGACUCGUCUUGAGUCUGUAGUUAGGCUAGCUAUGAAUCGAAAUCUAAAAAUGGAAAAGUCUCAAUAAUAGUAAUAAUAAUAAUAUAAUUAUUUAUAUAGCAUCUUUAACCCUUUGCAACCUUGAUAGACAACUGUUUUCUCGGGCUGCAUUCAGGUGCCUUUCACAAGAAUUUAAACCUUUGAAACCUGAGCAAACUGGUUUGAUUUAUUUUGAAAAUGUGCAAAAUAGGCAAUGAGAAACUUGAAGAAAUGUCCCGCAAAUUUCAAGAAAAUAGUAAUAUGUGAUAUGAAAAAUGAUCUAAAGAAGAAAAGAGAGAGAAAGAGAAGGGAAAAUUAUUUGGAAAUUAUCAAAAAAGGAGGAAAAAUGUCCGGAAAAAUUUAUUCAUACUUAUUAUAAUUAUGUUUAAAAUUGCUUCACAGGAAAAAAAAAAUCUCUUUCUCUAUAUAUAUAUUUAGCACUUUUUCAAGGUCGUUUGCUUGUUUGUUUUUGUUUUUUAUUUAAUUUCAUGCAUAUUUGUGGGUCAUCUCUUGUAAAGUUUCUCAUUGCCUCUUAGUUUCAUUCUUGAAAGGAAUUAGGUCAAUUUGCUCAGGUUUUAAAGGCUUAAAAACAGAGUUGCCUCCUCUGCACUGAGGAAAGAGAGGACAUGAGGACAGAGAGUCAGGGAAGGAAAUGUAAAAUGGCUUGAAAAACUGCUCCUUAUUAUUCCAACCCAAACCGUUCUUUUCUGAUGAUACCUGAAAACCACAUAGCUUUUUUGCACUAUAAAUGAUAAUUUAACUCAGUUUUCUUCAUUUCUCCUGUAAAUGUAAUGUACUUUAUUUUAUACUGUCUAAUUUGCAUUCCUUUUUGUAACCACAAUGUUCAUGCACAUGCACAUUACAAUGUUUAUUUAGCCUUGUAUUUAUUUUUUUUUUUACUGGCCGCUGGUCAUCCCGCCGCUGGUCAAGUUUGGUGGGCUUCUGUCUCAUGUCUAGCAGCACUCUUAUGGUAUGAAGGGCAUGAUUGGAGACGCUUUGAUCCACUCUAGAGGAAAAAAGGGAAGUCAUGGACAAAUCAAUGCCAUUACUCAUCCCUCAGUGGACGAGCCUCCUCUUGACUUGAAGGUGCUUCAAGGUGGGAAGGAGAGUAAGACAAGUUUGGAUGCAGCCCAACGUGGCCCAGAUUUUGAAUAUACUUCAAUAAAACAAUUAUGGAAAGGUAGACAGAUAAUACAUAAAGAAAUCCAUAAUUAUUGGAAAUGAAGAUGGACUCUCCAGCCCUCUCUGCUGCUGUGGGCCACAAUAGUUAUUGUAUACACCAUCACAUGUAUUGUUAUCUUGUAGGCUUGGUCCUGAUGUCUGACUGUAUCUUUCCUUUCUGUCACCUUUUAUUUUGUGACAUUACAUUUUAUUAAUAAAAUGAU